AGCGCUAGAAAUGAUUUAAAUAGACUCGAGCUUGGGGAGGAUUUGCCGCCGUUAACACAAUGUCGGCAGACCUACCUUUAGACGAGCUUGAUCUGCUCAUCUCGCACACUCGAGCUGCACUUUCUUUCCAUGCCGAUGAUGAUCCCACUUGCUUAGCCUUACUCGGAGAUCUUGGACACUUACUGCGGACUCGGUUUCUUCGCUUUGGAGGGAUUGGCGACAUCGACGAAGCUAUUAUUCUGUAUCAGUCUUCACUUUGCGAUUCUUCUGGCGAAGGCUGGCAUCACCGACCCGAUAUACUGUCACAUCUUGCUGAUGCUCUAGUCUGUCGCUUUUAUCGAUAUGGACGCGUUGACGAACUAAGUGAAGCUGUAGCUAUGUACUACGCAGCCCUCGACCUUCUUCCCGAAGGUGAUCCCCGCCGAGUUCGAGUAUUGGAAGAAAUUAAGCAAGCCGAAAAUGACCUGGACGGCCUUGAACGUAUAGCGCCCACACAAUACUAG